AUGUUUGAGCGCAAUCUGGUCGACUACCGGCGCAACCAGGCGGCGGAGCGGCGGCGGCCCAAGGAGGAGCGCGAGCUGCUCUCGAGGACCAAGCACUUUGCGCAGAUGCAGACGGCGCUCGACUACGAGGAUUUCCUCAACGGGCUGUGCUACGAAGAGGCGCUGCGCAAGGCGGCGGCGCAGCUGCAGCACUACCGCAAGAUGGGCAUCCUCACGCUCGAAGACGCCAGCACGUACGAGCGCGAAAAGAGCGAACGCGCGCGCAAGGCUGCCGAGCUCGCAGCGGGCGGUCUUGCCGCCUUCCCGGCGUCCGGUGCGGCAGCGACGCCCGUGGCGGCAUCGGCGCGGCCCAGGAUCGACGCGGCGCGCGCACGACAGCGCGAGACGAGCACGCCGACGCCGCACGACGACACCAGCACGACAUCAGCAGCCGCAGCAGCUGCCUCGAGUGGCGGAGCGGCGGCGAACGGCAAGGAGAGCAAAAAGGACAAGGGCGACAAGGACAAGGAGGGCAAGGCGAAGAAGGCGGGCAGCGGAGCCAAUGGGAGCGACGAGCCCAAGACGCCGCGCAAGCCGCCGCAGCCGCUCAACCUGGCCAAGGCGCCGUCGCUGAACCUGCUGACGCCGGCCGAGGUGCAGCUGUGCUCUGCGCUGCGCAUCCUGCCGCAGCCGUUCCUGGUGAUCAAGUCGACGCUGAUCGCCGAGUUUAUCGCGCGCGGCGGCAAGCUGACGCGACGCGAGUGCCGCACGCUCAUCAAGAUCGACGUGAACAAGCUGGGCAAGGUGUGGGACUUUUUCAGCGAGAUGGGCUACUUUGACGCCGCGCGCGAGGCGGGCUGGACGGGCGGUAUCGGAUCGCCGCCACGCAGCCGCGACAAGCUGGUCAAGAAGCCCGAGUGGCUGGAUGGCAGCAUGGCCAUGUCGGCGAGCUACUCGUUUGCGGCCACCGCGUCCGGUGUCAAUGGCGUGGCUGGCAACGGCAAGGCGAGCGGCGUCAAUGGGGUGCCGACGAGCAAUGGAGGCGGGUUGUUUGAUCUGGCGCAUGCAAGCCCCGGGCUGACGUCGGCACAGCAGCAGCAGGCGCAGCUGCAUCACAAUGCACGCGGUGCGCCGCUUGUUGCCUCGCCUGCGCUGGGCACGGGAGGUGGCGAUGCACCGCAGAGCCCGAGCAAGCAGGAAAAGUAUCGUCCGACUGCAGCCGUGUAA